GGCGAAGAGGCGCUGUUGUUACCGUGCUUAGCAGGAAGCUCGUCGUCUCCGCGGGGCGCACGGGAGAAGCGUAGCAGGCGGAACAGACACAGUUCGUCGUCGGAUAAAGACACCUUGGCCUCCCCAGUGUGACUGAUACAGAGCAUAUGGAGCCUUUCUGUCAGCUGACUGUGCUUUGAGGAGGAGGCAGUAGAACGUGUCGUGUCAUAUGAUUGGGCCAUCAUCAAGGAAUUAUUAGCACCCAGUCCCCAUCAGCCAGCAGUCACAGCCAGAGAAUAAUUUCAGAUCUGCAGAUCGUGGCCGAGUCACUCAUUCAGCUCUGUCACCUCAGAGUGAGGUUUAAAUCCACUGACCAACUUGACCUGUGUGUGGAUAUUAGUGUGCCUGUGUGGGUUUCAUCACACAGACUUGCAGGUUUGGUGAAAUAAUAUUCUGAAUUGCCCUUAUGUGUUAAUGUGUGUGUGACAGACUGGCCACCUGUCCUGGUUGUACCCUGCCUCUCACCCAGUGUGUGCUGGGAACAGUUCCAGCCUCCCAUGACCCUGAACAGGAUAAGCGAUUUAGAGAAUGGAUGGAUGGCUCCGGUUGCCUCUCACAUACUAAUUGUGUGCAUGAUAGGACACAGGAGAAUGGGUAACAACAGUGGGGACUUCAACCAUUUCCCUGAUGAUCCCGAGUUUGCAGAUAUCAUCCAAAGGGCUGAACAAGCUAUUGAGAAUGGCGUCUUUCCAGAGAGGAUUUCCCAGGGUUCCAGUGGGAGCUACUUUGUCAAAGACCCAAAAGGGAAAAUUAUUGGUGUUUUCAAACCAAAGUCAGAGGAGCCUUACGGUCACCUGAACCCCAAAUGGACCAAAUAUUUUCACAAGCUGUGCUGUCCGUGUUGUUUUGGCCGAGGCUGCUUGUUGCCUAACCAGGGUUACCUCUCAGAGGCCGCUGCCUCACUGGUUGAUACCAAGCUCGGCCUGGGAGUGGUGCCGAAAACAAAGGUGGUGUAUUUGGCCAGUGAGACGUUUCACUACAGUGCCAUCGAUAGAGCCAAAUCCAGGGGGAAGAAGUACGCUUUAGAGAAAGUCCCCAAGGUGGGACGACGCUUCCACAGAGUGGGCCUGCCACCAAAGGUGGGCUCGUUUCAGCUGUUUGUGGAGGGUUACCGCGAGGCAGAUUACUGGCUGCGGCGCUUCGAGGCAGAGCCUCUGCCAGAGAACAUCAGGAAGCAGCUGCAGUCACAGUUUGAGCGGCUGGUAGUGUUGGACUACGUCAUCAGAAACACAGAUCGAGGAAAUGAUAACUGGUUGAUCAAGUAUGAGAAGCCAGGAGAAGAAGGAGAAGAGGAGGGACAAAAGGAUGCAGAGUGGCCAGAGAAUAGUUCCGACUCCUGCAUGAAGAUCGCAGCAAUCGACAACGGCUUGGCCUUCCCCUUUAAACACCCGGACGAAUGGAGAGCCUACCCGUUCCACUGGGCAUGGCUCCCCCAGGCUAAGGUGGCCUUCUCCCAGGAGACCAGAGACCUGGUGCUGUCCCGCCUCUCUGACAUGAACUUUGUCCAGGACCUCUGUGAGGACCUCUAUGAGAUGUUCAAGACAGAUAAAGGCUUUGAUAAAACCAUGUUUGAGAGACAGAUGUCUGUCAUGAGGGGACAGGUGCUGAACCUGACCCAAGCGCUGAAGGACGGUAAGAGCCCCAUCCAGCUGGUGCAGAUGCCCCGGGUGGUAGUGGAGCGCAGUCGCUCAGGCGGCCAGGGACGCGUGGUCACACUUGGCAACGCCUUCACACAAACCUUCCACUGCAAGCGCCCCUUUUUCUCCUCUUGGUAGUCAGAGACGAGCGAGGAGGUCAGCUGAGGAGAGGCUUCUGCAACAGCUCUUUUUUUUGUCCUGAAGUCAGGAAGCAAGGGAGAGGAUGUGAAUAUCGCACUGGAGACUGCUCAUAUUUCUUUGGCAAGAGAAGAAAUGAAGACACAGAUGAUAGAAAGUAAGAUGAAGAAACUUGGCUGCGGCCCAUUCCUCAUUUUGUAAAGAGAGCUCAGAGAAGCAUGGGAGCUGGAGAGAUUGGCAUCCCAGUGUCUCCUAGAGACCUUGGGGCUGUUUGUGGUUACCAUGGCGACUUGAUUGGAUAAUCGGCUUUUCCACAGAGGUGGGCUUUGUUUAUUGUUAGGAGGCAGAAAGGAUUUUUUUUUCUACCCACCCAAAGUACCUACUGAAGUCUCUUGCAGGGUCUCUUGGUGGGGCUAAUGGCCAAAGAAGAAGUACUUAGAAACCACAAACAGAUCUGUGGUCCAGUAUGUUUGGGAAUCUUAAGGACUGGUUUCACAGAUCUCUCCAGAAAGUGAUUUUUAAAAAUCUGGGGCAGGUCUGGGAUAAAGUCCCAAACUAUUUGCUUUGCCUUGUAGGAUUACUUGUUAAAAUAUAGAUGUGCACUCGCACUGCUGGAAGUGUUUGACUGGUUGUACAGAACUGGGUCAGACUGCUCUUUUAGCCAGUGUUAGUUUUCAAAACCACAAACCCAGUAUCUUCAACUCUCACUACUGCCAAAAUCUGUUUGUGGAAGGAAUCUUUAAGAGGCUCAAUAAAAUGAGUAUUGUUGAAACUUGAAUAUGAAAUUUGGGGAAAGAGGACUAGUAAUAAACACAUUGCUUGAAUGUAAUCUGUUUACGGUUUCUAUACAGAUUCUUGCUCCGAAACAUUUCAAUACGAGUGAAUGCUGUCAAAAUUACUUUGUUUUUUUCGUAACAAUGAAUGUAUUUGUUAUUUGACAUGUAUUUAAUUGCUGGCAAGCAGCUUUCUCUUGAACCUCGUGGCAUGGCGGAUGGCACCUCGUCCCUGCCCUUUAUAUUACGUUAUAUGAAGAGGAAAAAGAAAACUGAGGACAAUAUUUCACACUUGCUCGAUGCCGUUGUGUUUUCUUAUGUAUGCAUCUUGAAAUUUUUAUUCCAACUCAAUGAUUGUAUGAGAAAAGUUGUAUAUUUAACAAAUGAAAAAUAAAAUUUGGGAAAUUUGAA